GUAAUAUAUUUUCUUCUUCUCGGGUAGAGUUUCAGAUUCCGGAAUCGUUGUCAUUGCUCUGCGUUUUUGAGUUCUGUGCUCUUCGGCUAAUGUUUCGGUACAUGUCCAAAUUCGGAUCCGGAAGGGAUUUUUGUUGAAUGAGGAAAAACUUAGUAAUUCUGGACUAGUAAGACGUGGGUGGGGUGAGAGAGUUUUCGGCAGAAUGCAAGGUUUUAGAGCCAAAUCUAGGAUAGUGGGUGUUGUUACAUUAGUCAUUUGGAUUGGUGUAGCAGCUUUGUAUGGUUUGUUAAGACCCAUUAUAAAUGGUUGUGUUAUGACUUACAUGUAUCCCACAUAUAUACCUAUUUCAUCCACCGGAGACGUUUCCUCCUCGAAGUACGGUUUAUACUUGUAUCAUGAGGGAUGGAAGAAAAUAGAUUACAAGGAGCAUCUUCAGAAGCUUAGUGGUGUUCCAGUUCUAUUUAUUCCAGGAAAUGGCGGUAGCUACAAACAGGUACGAUCGAUGGCUGCUGAAUCAGACAGGGCAUAUCAAGGAGGACCGCUUGAGCGCACAUUUUACCACGAGGCUUCCUUAACUCCUGAAGAGGGAGGCCUAGAUGCAGAUGUAGUUAAACUACCCAAUCAGUAUACCAGCAGGUUGGAUUGGUUUGCCGUGGAUCUAGAAGGAGAGCAUUCUGCAAUGGAUGGUGGUAUACUUGAAGAACACACAGAAUAUGUGGUGUAUGCCAUUCACCGGAUAUUAGAUCAAUACAAAGAAUCUUAUGAUGCUAGAAAAAAAGAAGGCGCUGCAGCCUCUGGUUCAUUGCCAAAAAGUGUGAUAUUAGUUGGGCAUUCUAUGGGUGGUUUUGUCGCUAGAGCUGCAAUUAUCCAUCCUCGUUUAAGAAGAUCAGCUGUUGAAACUGUUCUCACACUUUCAAGUCCACACCAAUCACCUCCUCUGGCCUUGCAGCCGUCAUUGGGUUACUACUUUGCACGUGUAAAUAAUGAAUGGAGAAAGGGAUAUGAGGUCCAAAUGACUCGGACAGGACAUUAUGCAUCUGAUCCAGUACUUUCUCAUGUGGUUGUUAUAUCAAUUACUGGUGGUUAUAAUGAUUACCAGGUUCGCUCCAAGUUGGAAUCUCUUGAUGGUAUAGUGCCUCCUACCCAUGGUCUUGUGAUCAGUAGUACAGGCAUGAAAAAUGUUUGGUUGUCAAUGGAACAUCAGGCAAUUUUAUGGUGUAAUCAACUAGUUGUCCAAGUGUCGCACACUCUACUAAGUUUGGUAGACUCAAGAACAGGUCAACCAUUAGCUGAAACUCCGAAAAGGUUGUCAAUAUUUUCCAGAAUGCUGCGAAGUGCCAUACCACACAGUUUCAAGUGGAAGAUGCAAUCACACUUACCUGUUCCCUUAAAGGAUGUAAAAGAUUCAAUUGGAUCUAUAGUGCAUUCUUUAACUUCUUGUCCAAGCAAUAUUCACUGGGGUGAUGCUGGACUUGAGAGAGACCUAUACAUUCAGACCCCCACUGUCUCUGUUUUAGCCAUGGAUGGUCGAAAGCGGUGGUUGGACAUACAGAAAUUGGGAUCCAAUGGGAAAAGCCAUUUCAUGUUUGUCACAAACCUUGCUCCUUGUACUGGAGUUAGAAUUCAUCUUUGGCCUGAAAAAGGAAACUCUGCCUCAAAUUUACCAGGUAGUAAAAGAGUUCUUGAGGUGACAUCAAAGAUGGUACACGUUCCAUCAGGACCAGCGCCAAGACAGAUUGAACCUGGCAGUCAGACUGAGCAACCUCCACCUUCUGCUGUAUUUUUGUUGAGACCUGAGGAUAUGCGUGGUUUCAGAUUUUUAACCAUUUCAGUUGCACCACGUCCAACCGUUUCAGGUAGACCUCCACCAGCAGCUUCCAUGGCAGUUGGACAGUUUUUCAAUCCAGACGAUGGAAAGCUGGAUGUCUCUCCUUGGUUCAUGCUUCAAUCUUCUUAUUCUCACAAGGAAAUGUUUGUGAAAGAGGACCAUCCUCUUGCUUUAAAUUUGUCUUUCAGCAUUAGCUUAGGCCUUCUCCCUGCUACCUUGUCUUUGAAGACUGCGGGUUGUGGAAUAAAAAAUUAUGGCCUUCCAGAUGAAGAGGCUAAAGAUGUUGAAAGGCUGUGUAAAUUACGGUGUUUCCCACCUAUAGCAUUUGCUUGGGAUGAUACAUCUGGUCUUCACGUAUUUCCAAAUUUAUUCAGUGAGAGAAUUGUUGUUGAUUCUUCACCAGCACUGUGGAGUUCAGCUUCUAGUUCUGAGAAAACAAAUGUUCUGUUGCUGGUAGACCCACAUUGUGAAUAUAAAAUUACCGUUGCAGUUUCUUUCACACAAGUUGCAAGUAGAUUUUUACUUGUAUAUAAUUCACAAAUAGUUGGUUUCUCUGUCGCAGUUAUCCUUUUUGCUCUGAUGCGACAAGCACAUGCAUGGGAUCUUAAUCUGCCUAUACCUUCAAUGCUGACGGCAGUGGAAUCAAAUUUGAGACUUCCAUUGCCAUUUUUAUGCUUGGGAAUCGCCCCCAUUUUGCUUUCCUUGUUAAUCUCCUUUCUAAUGUCUCAACCACUUCCAAUGUUUUCCAGCUUCACCUUUGUCUCCGUGAUUUGUUAUUUACUUGCAAAUGGGUCUAUAAUACUUUUGAUAUUCAUAUCCCAACUGGUCUUCUAUGUAGCCGCUGUCAUACAUAUUUUCAUCAAAACAAGGUGGCAAUUAUGGGAAGGAAACACCUGCUUUGGAUUUGGUCAAUGGUUUUUAUGUCUGUCUUCUAGCUUCUCUUCAUUAAAGGUGGUGAGGAUUUUAAGAGUCAAUCCAACCCUUGUCACAGCACUUGCUGCAAUUACCUUGGCUUGCUUGCUUCAUCCAGCUUUAGGUCUAUUUGUUAUCCUUUUCUUUCAUGCUCUGUGCUGUCAUACUGCACUUUGCAGAUUUUUGACGGCUUCGUUUUGCAGCCAUGUACGAAAAAAUGAACCAUUUGAUUAUAAAAAAGGAGACGGUGCAGAGCAACUCAGCUUCACAUUUGAGGGUACAUUUGACCAGAAUUCCCCUUCAAAAGAGGGCUUCUCCAACAGUCCUGACUCUUCAAAAAGUUAUGGUGAAACACAAAUAGAAUUAUUCCAUCAUCGACAUGGAUUGCUAAUUUUACAUCUUGUCGCAACAAUUAUGUUUCUCCCAUCUCUUGCAGCUUGGUUGCAGAGAAUAGGGAUGGGAGAGAGUCUCCCUUGGCUUUUGGAUUCAGUUCUUUGCACAGGCGUGAUCCUUCAUGGCAUCUGCAAUUCAAAGCCUGAGUACAAUUCCUACAUGUUCUCAUUCCCUGGAAUCCCGAUCCGGGAAGUGAGGCUAAACGUUAUCUACCUCAUUGCUGGAUACUAUUCCUAUCUUUCUGGCCUGGCCUUGGCCCCAUAUAGAGUUUUUUAUGUUUUGGCUGCUAUUGGUGCCAUUUCCUUUGUUUUGAGAAUGUUACAAAGAAGAUACAGGGACAAGGGUGAGACACAUUUCGGGACCCGAAAACAUUCUCAUAGGCACUGAGCAAGGUUCUUCGUAAACUUAACAUUUGAUCCAGGAUGCUUCUUCUCCUUAAAGUAUUUCUGGGAUACACCAACUUGAUGGAGGUGGGAAGUUGAAUUGACAUUAAACAAACAGCACUCAAAAGAUUUCUAAUCAGAUUUGUGACUUGUGAGACAAGAAAUCAUCCUGGAUUCGAUUGGUGACGGUGCACUUCGUGAUGGGGUGGAAUUUUUUCUUUCUUUUUUCCUUUUCUUUCUCCCCUGUAAAUUUAUGGGAUGAUUGGAGUAUUCUUUAGCAGAAAAAAGAAAAGAAAAAGCCUUAGUUUGUAACAUUUUGUGUUCAGGACCAAAUAGUUGAUAUUUUAGAAAUUUAACAAGCCAUCAUUUUGAAGGGUUC